AUAGUCGAAGAACCUCGAAAGUCGAGAGUCGAAAAACAAACAAAUAUCAAUGAUGGCGUCCAGUAAGCAAGGAAAUAAACUGAAGAGAAAAUUAGUCGAACACGGCAGUGAUUCGGACGACGAUAACGAUGCGCAGCAAAAAACCUAUAGAUCGAACUCAGAGGCUCCACGUCUGUGCCCUUACCUCGAUACGAUCAAUCGUCAAUUCUUGGAUUUUGAUUUUGAGAAAUUGUGUUCUGUGUCUCUUUCCAGAAUCAACGUUUACGCUUGUUUAGUUUGUGGUAAAUAUUUCCAAGGUAGAGGCACUAACACUCACGCCUAUACUCAUAGCGUCGCUGAAAGUCAUCACGUAUUUCUCAAUCUUCACACGCUCAAGUUUUAUUGUUUACCGGACAACUAUGAAAUUGUUGAUUCAUCCCUCGACGACAUAAAGUACGUUCUAAAUCCUACUUUUGAUAAAUGGCAAAUUUCUCAGCUUGACAAAAGUGACAAAUUAUCCAGAGCUAUCGAUGGCUCGAUGUAUUCACCUGGGAUAGUCGGAAUGAACAACAUCAAGGCAAAUGAUUAUUGCAACGUCAUUUUACAGGCAUUGUCUCACGUUACUCCACUGCGAGAUUUCUUCCUGAGAGAAUAUAAUUACUCCCACGUGAAACGACCACCAGGAGAUUCGUCGUACCUUCUAGUCCAGAGGUUCGGAGAGUUGAUGAGAAAGUUAUGGAAUCCCAGAAAUUUCAAGGCUCACGUUAGUCCGCAUGAAAUGCUUCAAGCUGUUGUAUUGUGGAGCAAGAAGAGAUUCCAAUUCACAGAACAAGGUGAUCCGGUGGAUUUUCUGUCCUGGUUUCUCAACGCUUUGCAUCUGGCACUGAAUGGGACUAAAAAAAAAGACUCCAGCAUUAUAUACAAAACAUUUCUUGGCCACAUGCGGAUUUAUACGCGGAAAAUACCGCCACUAGAACUGGAAGAGAGUCAACGAAGUGAGCUUCUGAAUACACUCGAGUAUGGAGAAACUGUAACUGAAAGUCCUUUUUUGUACCUGACUUGUGAUCUGCCCCCUCCUCCGCUCUUUAAGGACCAAUUUACGGAAAAUAUUAUUCCUCAGGUGAAUUUGUAUACAUUACUAAACAAGUUCAACGCAGUAGCCGAAAAAGAGUAUAAAACGUACAAGGAAAAUUUCAUGAAGAGGUUUGAAAUCACCGAACUACCGCCAUAUCUUAUUUUGUAUAUCAAGAGAUUUACGAAGAAUACUUUCUUCGUCGAGAAGAAUCCAACCAUCGUUAAUUUUCCCGUCAAAAAUGUAGAUUUCGGUGAUAUUCUUACACCGGAAGUCAAGGCUAGACACCCGUACACGACGUACGACUUGGUGGCGAACAUAGUUCACGACGGUGAGCCCGGUCAAGGAACGUACCGAGUUCACGUUUUGCACAGAGGCACAGGCCAGUGGUACGAGAUGCAGGAUUUACACGUGACGCAAAUAUUGCCGCAAAUGAUAACGCUGACCGAAGCUUACAUUCAGAUCUAUGAAUUGCGGAGAGAAGCUGGCUUCGAAACGGAAGGAUUCCAGACAGCGAAAUGAAUAAUUGUACAAACAGGGAGGAGGACGCCUGAUGAAACAUUUAAUAAAACAGAUGACGCACGCACCGGGUCGUUGAACCAAGGUAGCAAAGAAAGAGAAAAACAGUAAAUCGAUACUGGUGACGUAAUUUAUUGCCCAUCGAAUACAACUUUCAAUUUUUUUACGAGUAAUCGUGCCCUUGAAGACUGCGGUAAUUAGCAGCAAUCGUUCAGCGGCGAUAUUAGCAGGAAGAUAAGACGUAAUGUAGAAUAUUAAGAAACAAUAAUUUAUCUACAGGUAUUCUUGACGCAUAAAAAAAUCUGAUUU